GAUGAGAGUUGCGAAUCCAUGCCCUUACUGGGAAGACAUGGAGCGCUCUGCGCACAGUGUGCUCGAACCAAGUAGAAAUCCCUCGAACUAAACGUACACAUUUACCGGGGUAUAGAAAUAAGUGCUUUGAGGAAGUAAGGAAGAAGGGUGGACCGUUUGAGGAUGGAGUGCGCAUUUGACGCACAGAACCUGAUCUCCAUUUCUUUGAGGAAAAUCCAAAGCUCCAGGACGCAGAGAGGAGGCAUCAAGCUCCACAAGAACUUGCUGGUAACGUAUGUACUCCACAACGCCAGACAGUUGUACGUGAACAAGAACUUCCCUCCGAUACAAAAGACACAUCAGCAUCAUCACUACGAGGAUGUAUCCACGGCGUGCCAAGAGCAAGACUACCUCGAGCUGUCCGGGAGCUUUACGGAGUUGUCUGACGACUUCUACUGCAACUUUGGCGGGCACGACUCGGACACUUGGCACUGCGGAGCGCACCAGCCGAGCGGCCACCCUGCAGAAGUGGCGCACCAAGAGGCGCCUGCAGCCUGCGCCUUGGUCUCUGUGACCGACUCGUCGGACGUCAUGGUGUCCGAUGCCUGCUGGAGCUGCUGUAGUGCGGAGAAGUCUUCCUGGGACUUACCGAUAGUUCACACGCAGUCCAACCAAAAGACCGUGCUCGACUUGGACACGCAUGUGGUGACCACCGUCACGAACGGAUACUUCCACUCUGACUGUUGCGCGCAACCAAAACAACCAACCCAAGGCGCGCAGUGCUUCAGUAAAAAGCGUAAAGUAGACACAAGUUAUUAUUUUGUUGAUCCUGAGUUCUACCUGCCCGACCUGGGGUCGCUGCCGAGCAAGAGGACGCGGACUGAUGAAGACUUGCAGUCCGAUUCGGAACACUUGGACAGCGCAAACAUAUCCAACAUCAUCUCUGUGCUGGGCUCCGGAGGACUGUCUGAGUUCAUGAGUUGGCAGCAUACGGACCUUGAGCAGAUAUUCGCAUCUCAAACUAUAUGUCUAAAACAGAAAUUGUUAUCGGGCAGUGGUUGGACGAGAGCAAUUGAAGCAUUUUGAUGUGUCAGAUAUUUGAUUUUGUAUAGUUUCCUUACAAUUGUUUAAAUUAAAACACAACACUGCAAUUCCAUAUUGUGUGCCGUUGAACAGUAUUGGUGACUUGUGGUUCUGAGAGUGAUCGUGUCCUUGCUGGAGUCUACUUUUGCACAUAAGGCUACUAUUUUCAUACUCAUUCAUUUCCACUUGGCCUUUGAUUUGCCACACAAUAAAAGAUACUUAAAAAUAAA